AUGGCUGAGGCUGCUGUUUUGGGUGGCGUGACAAGGGUUGGUGUCUGUCUCGCACCAGGAGUAAAAUUCUUGUGCGGGGUGAGUAACGAAGUUGAGCUGCUAAAAACUGAGCUCAAUCUGAUGCAAGGCUUAUUAAAAGAUGCAGAUGUGAGGCAAGAUGAAUCAGAGACUUUAAGACGGUGUGUUGCUGAAAUAAGAGAUCUUCUUUGUGAUGCAGAAGCUGUCAUUGAGAAAUAUUCCUUCAAUGUUGCAAGCAGAAGGGGUGGAGGCGUACAAAAGGUCAUGAAGAACUCUAUAAUCAGUAAUGAGAUGGAGAGAUUAGGGAAGGAAAUGGUUAAAGAUUGUGGGGGUAUUCCUUCGGCCAUCUUCGUACUUCAACGCAAUUUAGCAACAAAGACAUCGGAGGAGUGGCGGGAUCAGGUUAGGCAUGUUCCUAUAAAAGAAGACUUACAAGUGAUCAAAGUGUUAGCUUUAAGUUAUUAUGAUUUGCCUUCUUGUUUGAAACAAUGCUUUCUAUAUUUGGGCCAUUUUCCAAAGGGUUUUGAGAUACCAGCGAAGGAAUUAAUUCGAAUGUGGAUGGCAGAAAGUUUUAUACCAGAAAUUCAGCAUGAAAGAGAAAGGGAGAAUACAAUGGAGAUGAGGGGAGAAUUUUUUUUUAAAGGAACUAGUUCGAAGAGAGAAUUACCUAAAGACAUCGGAUGUCUUAUCCACUUGAGAUUCUUAUCUCUGAAAAUGAGCAACAUAUAUAACAUGCCAUCAUCCGUAGGCAAUUUGAGGUGCUUGCAGACAUUAGAUUUGCGGUCUUGUACAAACGGUUUUAGAGUGCCAAAUGUGUUCAAGAAGAGAAAAAAAUCGAGGCAUUUGUAUCUGCCCAUAAAUUAUAGGGAAGACCCAAUGCCAAUAUUAGGGAAGUUGCGCAAAUUAAAAAUCCUCCGCCUCCUUCUCAAUUCCUUUGAAGGGAAGCAAAUGACUUGUAAUAAAAAUGGAUUUCCUCACCUUCGUUCUCUUGUCCUUAGUGGUUUAACAAACCUAGAGGAGUGGGUGGUGGAGGAAGUGUUGGGCUUUGUGGAGCCUAGUUGUGGUUAUGUUGAUGCUGAUUUUGCUAGUGAUAUUGAUAGUAGAAAGAGAACUACUAGGUUUGCUUUUACUCUGGGUGGUACAACUAUAUCAUGGGUUUCAAAUCUACAAAAGAUUUUCAUUUUGUCUAUUACAGAAGCUGAGUUGGAAAUUCGGGUUAAUUCCCUACAGGAAGAAGCCAUGAAAAUACUCUGUCAUUUGGAAAUUGCUUGUCAGGCACUAAUGAUGAUUCUAGAUGGAUUGAAGUUUGUUACUACCCUCCAGGAAUUGGAUAUCAGCACCAUUCCAAAGUCAUUCAAAGACAGAUAUAGUGAACAAGGAAUAGAAUUUGACAAAGUCGCACAUGUGCGUUCCUGCAAACUUUACGAAGAAUGA